AUGGCCGCCCGAACCGCCACCGCGACACCCACAACGCGCAAGACGCGCACCGCGACCAACUCGCUUCCCAAGAAGAUCGAGGCCGCCAUCGAGCCCGCGCCUGCGCCCAAGAAGCGUGCCACAAAGGCCAACACGAGCAAGCCACGCGACAAGAAGGUUGCCGCAGGACGCGUCGAGAAGAAGAAGGCGCCUGCGACCACCAAGAAAGCUCCGGCUGCUAAGAAGACCGCAACGACGAAGAAGACUACGACGACGGCUAAGAAGCCUGCGGCUAAGAAGGCCGCGGCGACGAAGAAGACGCCCGCAGCGAAGGUGGAGAAGGAGGUUGAGAAGGCGGAGGCGAAGGUGGAGAGCAAGGUGGAGAAAGCUGCGAAGGCUACUGGAGCGAAGGAAAAGAAGACUGCUACCAAGGCAGGUAGGUCCAAGAAGGCGUAG